GAACAAUAACGACGUAGGACGCUGAUGUGUGGGAUAUCCGUGUCUGUUCGUUGACAUGGGUCUGAAGGGUAUUUAGCUCAAUCAAAGUGAGAUGUUAGUAUUUCACCAUGUUCAGUUUUGUUGGUUUUAUAUUAAAAUUUCUUCGUAGGAACACUUUAAAACUCCUCAUCUUAGUGGACAUUUCAAGUGUUUUAUCUCGGUGAGCACGCUUUGGACACAAAGUACCUGCAGGAGUUUGUUCAUGAAUGCCAGUCAUCACAAUGUUUCCCAUGUUCUUCCGUGACGCAGUGUGCUGGGUAAAGACCGCCAGCAUACAUGUCCGUAGUAAGGGUCUACCGAGCCUGGUUAACUCCAGAGGCCUGCACCGCUGUGUGGACCAGUUGCUCUCCUACAAGCCCUCCCAGUGCUUAAGUGUCCAGGUACGAGGGAUGAAGUACCGCAGGAACCCCUACACGGAGAAGCAGGACGAAGAGUGGAGGAGGAGAAACAAGACUGUCCUGACAUACAUUGCUGCGGCAGGAGUUGGCAUGAUCGGCCUCUCCUACGCAGCCGUGCCCCUGUACAGGUUGUACUGCCAGACCACAGGGCUCGGUGGGACUGCUGUGUCCGGUCACGAUUCAGAUCAAGUGGAGACAAUGACCCCUGUGAAGGACCGUGUAAUCAAGAUCACCUUCAAUGCCGACGUGCAUGCCAGCAUGCAAUGGAACUUCAGACCGCAGCAAUCGGAGAUAUACGUGGUACCUGGAGAAACUGCCCUGGCAUUUUAUAAAGCGAAGAAUCCUACAGAUAAACCUGUCAUUGGAAUCUCAACAUACAAUGUUGUGCCCUUUGAAGCUGGACAAUACUUCAAUAAAAUUCAGUGUUUCUGCUUUGAGGAGCAGAGGCUGAAUCCUCAAGAGGAAGUGGAUAUGCCUGUCUUCUUCUACAUUGAUCCCGAGUUCGACGAGGAUCCCAGGAUGGCCAGGGUGGACACUAUCACUCUCUCCUACACUUUUUUUGAAGCCAAGGAAGGACAAAAACUUCCCCUUCCUGGGUACAGCUGACCACCCAGAAUCUGAGCAGUGGACGUGAACACUGAAAAAAACUGAGAUGUUCAUU